AUUAUUAUACCAUUCUUACAUACAAUCAAUGUGCCAUAAGGUUUGGUAUGUUUUCAGAUGCAUUACAAAAGUUGCCACUACCGGAAGUAGAGGAAGCCUACUGUUACGAGCAAGACACGGACAUAACGGCAGAUAGUUCAGCUAUUGCGGCAAUUUCUGUGCUUGCUGCAAUUGGGAUGUUGAUUUUAGUUGGAACGGUUUAUGAUAUUUACAAGUCAAGCCGGGCUACAGAGGAUAAUUACAAAACAGGAACCAGACCGAGAGAGGAAACCGGAAGUUACAUCAAUGGAGCACUUAGCGAUUCGUCAGUAAAAAUCAAUGUACCAGAAAACAAAACAGAAAUAAGCCUUCCAUCCGGUUAUAUGCCGCAUAAAGAAGGCGGAUGUCCGUUGCCAACCGUAAGUAACGGUUACCAUGAGAUCUCAAAUGGUGCUAGAAUAACACAAAAUACAGACAAUCAACAACAACCUGAUACAAGACAAGAGAAAAAAAGAAAAGAUUCUUUGGCAGGAAAGCUUAUCGUCUGCUUCUCACUGUAUACAAACAUUCCUAAGAUUCUUAGCGCGAAAUCUACAUCCGGUUCUAUUUCUUGCAUACAUGGAAUUCGGUUCUUAAGUCUUACAUGGGUAGUUCUUGGACACACCUACAAUUAUGGAAUUGUAUCUCAAGAUGAAACUUUUACCACAGAUAAUUUGUUGGACUUUGUACCAAUUAUGCAAAGAUUAACAUUCCAAGGCGUGGUAGCAGGCGGGUUCGCCGUCGAUACUUUCUUUGUCUUAAGUGCAUUCUUGUUGACAUGGUUACAGCUGAAAGGAACUGACAAGAAAAAGAAGAAAUGUACAGUAUCUGACGGAAUCAUGUACUACUUUCAUCGUUUCUGGAGACUGACUCCAAUAUACAUGUUAGUAAUCAUGAUGUUUUCAUGCUUGUACCGGUAUAUUGGCUCGGGACCUUUCUGGCCAAGUACAAUAUGGGCAGCCGAACAUUGUAAAACAGUGUGGUGGACCAACCUUCUAUACAUCAAUAAUCUAGUUGAAACUCAUUCUCAGUGUAUGGGCUGGACUUGGUACUUGGCCAAUGAUAUGCAGUUUUAUGUUAUUUCACCUUUGUUUCUUAUAUUCAUGUACAUAAUGCCCGUGAUUGGGGCAAUCUUAACAAGUUUGUUGCUAUGUAUGGGCAUUGGUAUAGCGUUUUGGAAGGAAUAUGAAAUUAAUGGUAACUUUUUCACCAUGAAAUCAGACGACGGCGCUUUUUGGAACGAAGUUUAUACCGUGCCAUGGUGUCGUGUCGGCUGCUGGGCAGUUGGAAUGUUGCUGGGCUUUGUUAUUUAUAAAAGAGAGCGAAAACCUUUACGCAACAAGAGUUUAACAUAUAUUGGCUGGUUAGUAAGCACAGCAGUUGCUCUAUCGUUGGUAUACUCUACAUACAGCGAGAAUAAGGAAGAUGGUACAGAAUGGACCAAUGUACAACGUGCUUUCUACGAGGCGUUUGGUAGACCUGCAUGGGGAUUUUGUAUCGCAUGGCUGAUUUUUGCGUGUUAUAACAACAUGGGCGGGCUGGUGAAUUCAAUUCUGUCAUGGAAUGGUUUUAUACCCUUGUCUCGGUUGACGUAUGCAGCUUAUCUCGUACACCCGAUCUGUAUGAUGAUGUACUUUUUCUCUAGACGUACCUUGUUCCAUGUCAACGAUUAUAAUAUUAUCUAUCUGUAUUUCGGUCAUCUAUGUGUUACCUAUAUGGUUGCACUUGUAUGUUCGGCUUCGUUUGAGGCACCGACAAUGGGUUUGGAAAAAAUCUUGUUUCGUAGGGGCGGUAGGAGGUAACGGGCAAUGACAAAAAGACAUAUAAACUUGUAAUGAAAUGUGAUAUAGCUGAGGUGAUAGGAUUCCUAUGUAGUAUAUUUGAAAGACAUUUUCAGCUUGUGCUUGCCGCAUAUAUAACUUGUUUUGUGUAAAUUAUAUCUGAAACUAUAUUUGAUAUACAUUGUAUAUGUUAUACUUAAUUGCAUUUUGACUGUGAUCUAUUGUAAAUAUAUAUAGAUAAUAUUGUUAUUAUCUAUGCAAUAUCUUAUUGAUUUGCUAACAAUUAUGUAACAUAUUAAACAAAUGACAAUAUUAAACGUGUUUUGUAUAUGCAAAGCUUAUUUCUGUUGCAAUAAUUAUGUAUGUUGAGUUUCUAAAUCUAAAACCAAUUCUUGCUACAAUUUAUGUCAUAUUUAAUUGAACUGAGUUAUAAUUUAUUGUAAAUAGCAUAAUUAAAUAAAUGAAUGAAUAAAUAAAUUUGAUAUCGCCCAAUUUGUCCUAAAAAUGCUUUAUUUAUUUUUUUCAAAAGCUCUUAAUUUUUGGUUGCCUAUGUAAGUUUCUAAAAUGUUACUCAUAGGUCAAUUAUCCGAAACACCCGUUUAUAUUUUGCUUCUUUUAUGACCUAUAACUUCACAUUCUUCCCUAUUUUCUUCACGUGAUAAACAUACAAAACGCUCAUAAAACUAUUGAAUAAUAAACAUAAUAAAAUCGCAUUUGCCUUUUCCAAAAGAAGGAUAAAAUAUCAAUUUCUGAAGCCGAAUGUGCUUUCAAGUAAUAAAAAGUUUUAUCGUU